UGAGGUUCAACAGUGACCUGCUUUGAGCAGUCACAUAACUCUGUGUACUGAUGUUCUCCACAACUAACUGCAAAAGGACUAGUUUUCUCUUGCGGGGAGUGCUUGUUCGGCCCAGGCCAUUUUGUCAAAUGUCAGUGUUUCCUUGUUAAUCUUUUCUCCAGUUUCGAUGAAAUUGAAGCUUAUUUUCUUGUCUCUGAGCUCCAGUAAUUCACUUGAACAAUCUGCAGAGCAGACUGUCACUUGAGUCAGUUGCGUGCGACGUUUUUGGCGCCGUUUCUUUUCAGCUCAAGUUCAACACAGUUUCUUCAUCUGACAACAUGCUGGAACGACUGUUGCUGAUUUUUGUGGUUGUUGCGAUGGUUUGGCAGUCGGGAUGGGUUAAUGCCCAGGAAACUUCAGGUCUCUUUCCACACAUCUUCAAUCUUGCCACCAGAGCUCGCAUCACCACUAAUGCUACCUGUGGGGAGAGAGAACCUGAGAUGUAUUGCCGACUGGUGGAGCAUGUCCCUAUGGGUGAGAUGCAGAUGGAACCCUCCCAUGCCCAAUGUCAGAUCUGUUACCUGUACAGCACUGACCCUAACCAUAGACACCCCAUCUACAAUGCCAUUGAUGGGACUAACUCCUGGUGGCAGAGCCCCACAUUAGCAAAUGGGAAACACCACUGGGUUACCAUCACCCUGGAUCUACAACAGAUCUUCAAUGUAGCAUAUGUCAUUGUCAAAGCUGCAAAUGCCCCUCGACCAGGCAAUUGGAUCUUAGAACACUCAGUAGAUGGUAUCAACUUCCAACCUUGGCAAUACUAUGCUAUGUCAGAUCUAGAAUGCCUGCGAACCUAUGGGAUUGCCCCAGCCAUUGGAAUGCAUCGAUUCCGUAGAGAUGAUGAGGUCAUCUGCACGUCGUAUUAUUCACAGCUUGAUCCACUUAGUAAUGGGGAGAUUCAUACCUCUAUUGUCAAUGGCCGACCAAGUAUACGAAAUCCAAGUGAGACCCUUAUGAAAUUCAUGGCUGCAAGAUUUGUGAGGUUACGAUUUCAGAAGAUUCGUACACUUCUGGGUGGACUCAUGGCUUAUGAAAAUAAUGGCUUCAUUGAUGAGAAUGUGAAUAGACGGUAUUUCUACUCCAUUAAGGAUAUCUCUAUUGGAGGACAGUGCAUAUGCUUUGGUCAUGCCCGCACUUGCAUACAACACCCAGAUGCAGGACCUGGUCAGCCUGUGCUGAAGUGUGUCUGUGAGCAUAACACUUGUGGUGAAAGCUGUAAUGAAUGCUGUCCAGGAUUUAUCCAGAAGGUAUGGAGGCCAGGGAGUAGAGACCAGAGCAACGAGUGCGAACCAUGUAAUUGUCAUGGCCACUCUGAAACCUGUUACUAUGAUGAGGACAUAGAUAGAGCUCAUGAAAGCCUGGAUAUCCAUGGUAACUAUGAAGGAGGUGGAGUCUGCAUUGGGUGCAGAGAUGGCACAACAGGAAACAAUUGUGAGAAGUGUAUUGAUGGAAUGUACAGACCACUGGGCAUAGAGACUAAUGAUCCACAGCCCUGUGUCCGUUGUGAUUGCAGUGCUGUUGGUACUCGCAGAGAUGAUACAACAAAUAGGCUUCUUGUCUGUGCCAAGGAUGAAAGCCGAAUGUAUGAGGAUUUGAACCCUGGUGAUUGUUUCUGCAAGCCAGGCUAUGCUGGCCAGCGCUGCGACCAGUGUGCAAGAGGUUACUUUGGCUAUCCUUACUGUCAGCCAUGUCAAUGUAACCUGGCAGGCAGUCGUAACCCAGAUGCAUGCCAAGGCCCAUGUGAAUGUAAAGAAAAUGUGAUAGGACCAAACUGUGACCAGUGUAAAGCUGGAUUUUUCAACCUGAAUGAGGAAGACGAGGCAGGUUGUAGUAGGUGCUUCUGUUUUGGCUUAUCCACCAUAUGCGAGAGCAUUCCUUGGGCUAUUGAUAAGAUCAGAGAUAUGAAUGACUGGAUCGUAACUAACCAAGAAACUUCAGCCUACAUACAUCCUCGCAUCGCUGGACCUAACAUGAUUGCCAUCAACCAUCAGGAGGCAAGGAAACAGCUACAAGCAGAUAACUAUUUCUGGCGUGCUCCUCGACCUUAUCUAGGAAACAAGCUCACUGCUUAUGGCGGUAGACUUCAGUUUGCAGUGUCCUACAAAGAUGAACCAGGCAGACAGGCAGACCCAACAACAGACAUUGAUGUCAUCAUGCAGGGUAAUGGCAUUACCAUCUACAAAAAUUCCCUGGUAGUCAUGCCGGAUACCAAAGAGACAGUGGUUAUAACAAUGACAGAGCGUGGCUGGCACCGAUUAGCCCAUGACGCUGACCUAGGAGACAGAUCACAAGAUCAAACAGCUACUCAGGCUGACUUUAUGUCCGUGCUGAGUGGGCUGGAGAAGUUGAUGAUACGUGCGGUGUAUAGCUCACUUGUGGUGGAGUCAAGACUUAGUGAUGUAAGUUUGGAUGUAGCAUCUGAAGAGGCUACUGACCCUGAUGUCUUUUCAAGUAUUGAGCAAUGCGAGUGCCCAGCUUCAUAUGAAGGACUGUCAUGUGAGUCAUGUGAGAUUGGAUACCGGCGAGUUGAUGGUAUAUUACUGAAUGGUGUCUGUGAGCCAUGUCAGUGCAACAAUCAUGCCACAGAAUGUAGUGAUUUCACUGCAGAGUGCUUUGACUGCACUCACAAUACCACAGGGCCCCACUGUGAAUUUUGUGCCAUUGGUUUCUAUGGCUACCCUGUGCAAGGCACCGUACAUGACUGUCAGCCUUGUGCCUGCCCACACCUCACCCCAGAAAACAAUUUCAGUCCAACCUGUGUGUCUGAUCCUGAAUUUGGUUACAUUUGUGACUCCUGCCCUACAGGCUUCACAGGCCCAAGAUGUGAGCGAUGUGCUGAUGGUUUCUAUGGCAACCCACUGGAAGUUGGCGGUUACUGUCACCCUUGCACUACCCUUUGUAACAACAACAUCAACCCUGGCAUACCAGGGAGCUGCAACACAGUGACUGGGGAAUGUUUGAUCUGCAUUGGUGACACAUCAGGAGCUCAAUGCCAGCAUUGCAGGGAUGGGUUCUUUGGAGAUGCUGUUACUGCUAAGGAUUGCCAAAUGUGUCAGUGUGAUGAUGCUGGUGCCUUCUCAUCUUUUUGUGAUCGGAAAACUGGACAAUGCGAGUGCAAACCCAACGUCAUUGGUCUAUCAUGCAAUCAGUGUGCUCCUGGCUUUUGGAAUCUGGAAUCCAGACUUGGUUGCCAGGCAUGUGACUGUGAUCCUGUGGGCUCAUUGGAUGAACGUUGUGAUGUCAAUACUGGACUGUGUUACUGUAAGCUAGGAGUUACUGGGAUGCAAUGCAAUCAAUGUGAGCUUGGAUUCUGGAUCUUCAGUGAAAAUGGGUGCGAAGCUUGCGGUUGUGAAAUCAGUGUAUGGUGUAAUCCUGUCAGUGGUAAAUGCUCCUGUCCUCCAAAUACUGUCGGCCUGAGAUGUGAAAGCUGUGAAGAUGAUCACUGGGGCUAUGACAUUCAUACUGGAUGCAAGCCUUGUAACUGCAGCCUGGAGGGAUCCUUUAGAUCUGAUUGUGAUGCAGUUACUGGACAAUGCAGCUGUAAAAGAAAGUUUGUUGGCCAGCAAUGUGACCAAUGUCCAUUUGGUUACCGUGACUACCCAAAAUGUAAACAAUGCAAGUGUGAUGAAGUUGGAACGGACCCUUCUUCCUGCCAGAAUGGAAUGUGUUCGUGUGCUGAUGAGGAUGCACAGUGUGUCUGCAAGGCCAAUGUGAGGGGAAGGAAAUGUGACAGAUGCAUCAAUAACUCCUUCAGUCUGCAAGCAAAUCUACCAGAAGGAUGCACAAGUUGUUUCUGCUUUGGAAUCACAGACAGUUGCAGACAGACUGACUUUGUCAGGAAAGAGUUGCACCUGUCAUCCAGAACCAAUGACUUCUCUGUAAGUGAUGGCUACUACAUUAUACCAACACAGCGUGGUGUGACAUUCACAACAGAACGUGUUGAUCUUAAUGCUACAGAGGCCUUCAUAACCCUGGAUGUAGAGGAGCUUUUCUGGAAUCUUCCAGUUGCUUUUGUUGGAAAUAAGGUGUCUUCAUAUGGUGGGAUUCUGAGCUUUGUUGUGGCCUAUCGACUGAAUCCACCAGCCAACACACCUGUGGAAUCCACAUUAGACAUCAAAAUUCUUGGUGUUCGCUAUGCUGUCACCGUAGAUUUGCCAGAGCCUUCCCCUGACACCAAACAAGCAUUCAGUGUGAAACUAUUGGAGCACAACUUCCAGCUGCAGCCAUCAGGUAGACAGCCAACCAAAGAAGAAUUCAUGAUGGUGAUACAAGACAUCAAAGCAGUUCUUAUCAGAGCAACGUACGGACCAGACACAGUCUAUGCACUCAUUGAUAGUGUGGUUCUAGAAACCGCAGGGCCAGCCAGAGGUGAUAUCAGUGGGGACCAAGCGAUAGGAGUGGAAGAGUGUGAUUGUCCUACUGGCUACACAGGACUUUCAUGUGAGCGCUGUGAAGCAGGUUACUUCAGGUUAAGUGGAGACUACCUCGGCACAUGUCAACCCUGUGUCUGCUUUGGUCAUUCUGAUAUGUGCGAUGACAGGACUGGACAGUGUGAGGAAUGUCAGCACAACACAACCGGCCCACAGUGCAAUAACUGUGAUGUCGGUUUCUAUGGAGAUGCAACCGUUGGUACUCCGUCUGACUGUAUGCAAUGUGCCUGCCCAUCAUUUGCUUCUGUUAACAACAGCUUCAGUCCAACGUGUGUUUUAGAUCCUUUAGAUGGUCAGCAUAGAUGCACUGACUGUCAAGCAGGCUAUGUGGGUAGAUUCUGUGACAGUUGUGAUGAUGGUUACUAUGGUGACCCUACCAAGCCUGGUGGUACCUGUCAGCCAUGUGACUGCAAUGUCUAUGGCUCUGUCUCAUCAGUCUGUGACAAAAUCACUGGAGUGUGUCUAUGUACAGAUGGGAUUACUGGUGCAAACUGUGACCAAUGUGAUGAGGGAGCUGGAUACGUCGUCACGGAAACAGGAUGCUCUUCCUGUUACGAUAACUGCACUGGACUUCUUUUGACUGAGUUGGAUCGCUUGGAGCAACUUCUUCAGGAGCGAAAUUUUUCUAACAUUGUUGUUGCGCCCUGGGAAAAGUUACAAGAAAUGGAAAAUGCUACCAAAUUGAUUCAGGGAAAACUUGCAUUGCUCUUUGGAGUUUUGAAUUCUACUAAGGAACUCCUUCUGGCCUUGCCUGAUAUAGGCAACUUACAAGAGGAUACAGACAGGCUAGAAAUGAGAGCUAACAAUACCAAGGACAAUGCAACAUCAUUGAAAAAUGAAGUGGAUAAAACAUACAUCCAAGCUGUGGAAGCAGAGGCUAAUAUCACGGCCAUCUUUGAUAAAAUAAAAGAUAUUGUGAAAGAAAUUGCCAACAUCCAAGAGGAGCUGAGUAAGGAGUUGUCCCUGGAUGAGUCUACAGCCCUCCUGGUGCAAGCACGAAUGAUUGUCAUGGAAAUUUCAGAUAGAAAUCCUCCUUUUAUGUAUUCACAGCUAAGAGCUGAUAGUGAACUUAGGGAAGCCAACAAAACAUUGGACAAAGCCAGACAUUUGUUUGAUGACAUCCUGAAUGUACAGCCGCUGGUUGAUCAUACCCACUCAGGCAUAAUGAACUUGACCAAGCAACUUGAGUUCCUGAUAAAAACAAGCCAAGAGGCUGUCAACAAAUCUGAAAAUGCAACUGGCAUCAACCAAGACAGUAAAGCCUUGAUAGUCUUGAUUAAGGAGAUUGCAGUGCAAACUGAAGAGUUGAAGGAGAUGAGCAAAAGGAAUCUUUCUGAAGCCAGAGCCAUUCUUGACAAAGCCCAAGAUCUGCUUCUCCAAGCCAAUGCCUCUGGAAUGGGUUUGAAGAAAGAGUUUGCUCUGCUAUACAAUCUGACAUCAGACCUUGGCUUCAAGGUGGGGUUAAUUGAACAGAACUUGUUUGGCUUGGAUGAGUAUGUUGAGAGAGCUGAGGCCCAUGCAGACAACCUAAAACAGCAAGCACAGCGCCUGCAAGAGUUAUUUCAGCCCACUAAAGACUAUGCAGAUGACUCAAUUCGAGCAGUCAAUGCAUAUGGUCAGAUUCAACUGGCUAUUGAUGAGGCGGAACAGGCAGCAAGACAGGCCAUGAUGGCUGCCAACAAUGCCAGUUACCAAGUUAGUAACCCUGAACCGCUGGAUGUCCUAGCUUUAUUGUCCAGAGAUAAAAGCCUUUCCCUGGAUACCAACAGCCUGUUCCCAAGAUUGGAGGAGUUAGGAAAGAGGCUUGAUAGCGUGCAGGAUAAUAUCACCUGGGUAACCAACAAGAAUGAUGAUGCAUAUGAGAGACUAAGAUGCAUAAAGGAGGCACUGCUUGAACUCAGACAGGACCUGACUACGCCAGCCCAGGAAGCUGUUGAUAUUGCCAUGUUGGCACGGAGCAAAGCCAAAGGUGUUGAAGAUAAAGUAGGAAGGACAUUAGGACAAAUUCCUGAGGCAAAGAAAAGACUGGAGCAAGUUGAGGAAGAUACAGGCUUUGUGGAUGAAGCAUUAGACAUUGUUGACAAUGCAACCCAGUACUCUCAGUCCAGUGUGAAUGAGAUUCAUACACUGUCCUUAUCACUGAGUGGACAAGCUAAUGACAUGAAGACUCUAGAAGGCAACAUGGCUGUCGAUCUUAAUAAGAUUAGAGAGAAGAUACGACAAGCUCGCAACCAAGCAUCAAAGAUCAAGGUAUCGAUGUACUCCACUGGUGACUGUGCUCGUUCCUACCAACCUCAAGUCAGCCCAUCCACAUACAACUCCCUUAUCAUCAAUGUUAAUAUCUCAAGCCCAACAAAUCUCUUGUUCUACAUCAAGAGCAACAGCAGUGAUGAGUUUAUGCUGCUUGAGACAGUCAACGGAAAGCCAUUCUUUCGAUGGAAUGUAGGUGUCGAUGUUGGUUCCAUCAAGUCAUCUGAAGUCAUGCAACUAAAGGAAUGGUACAAGAUUGAAGCACAGAGGAUUGGGCAUGUUGGCACCCUUAAGGUCCAGAAGAUGAUAUCUAUGGAGAACAAUCCCAAUCCAGAGAACAUUAUGGAACCAGCUGUGGCUUUGACAGGGAUGUCUGCUGUUGGCUCCAGCAUCCUGGAUGUUGAUAGCUCCAGUCACUUGUUUGUUGGAGGAGUACCCAGAGAAUUCGAUAGUGUAGUCCAAGGCGUUGAGAGUAAGGAGUUCAGAGGAUGUAUGGGAGAAGUCAUCUUUGAUGACAUACCUGUUGGGCUGUGGAAUUUCAAGACCAUUGAAGGACAGUGUCAGGGAUGUGGUAACAGUCCCAGUACCACAGUGGUAGAAGAAGGUGUAUAUAAUUAUGACGGGACAGGUUACUCCCUACUCCCUCGACCAAGGCAAUGGAAGGAUGGGUUUGUUCCCAUUGAUUUCCAACUGAAGACGCAAGCAGAAGAAGCACUGCUGUUUUACAUGGCUUCACAAGACCAACGGGACUUUAUGGCUAUUGAACUUAUUGAUGGUUACAUGGUUGUGUCACAUGACCUCGGCAGUGGCAUAGGCAAAGUGUCAUCACUGGAGAGAGUAAACACAAACACUUGGAUAUCAGUCAGUCUGUCCAGGAGUGGUCAGAAAAGUUACCUGUACAUCAAUGCAGUGAGACAGGGAGUAGGUCUGUCCCCUGGAUCAUUAACUGGAUUAACUAUUGAGGAAUCAGAGUACCUUCAUGUGGGAGGUGUGCCAAGCUCCUAUAAAGUCAAGCGAGAUGUUACCAGGCAGCGCUUCUAUGGAUGCAUCAAGUUGUUUGGUCUCUAUGGAAACUUGCAGAACCUGCUUUUGCCCGGUCUGUCAACAGGUGUUGAGGAUGGCUGCAUUGCACGGACUGUUCGAAGUCUUGGCUUACUAGACGGUGCUCAGGUCAAAAUGCGCAACAUUGCUCUCGGAAGGAUUGCAGAUAUUUCCUUGACUUUCACCACCAGGCAAAGCAGUGGUAUCCUCUUAGCAGCAGGAGAACUUGCUAGAGACAGGACAAGAAGAGAUGUGGACCCUGACCAAACUGAUGUAUCUUAUGCCAUUGCACUGGUUGGAGGUCGUAUUAGAACUUAUAUAAAUGCAGGUCAAGGACUUCUGACUCUAACAACUCUAUCAUCAUUAGGAUAUUUUAAUGAUGGUAUACCUCAUGUAGUACUUCUACAAAAGGAGGAUUUUAGCAUUCGCCUGAUAGUGGAUGACAUUGUUGCUAGAGCAGGCAGACUUCCUGGAAGUGAAGGCUUAAUUCCAGUAACUUCACCUCUGUACAUCGGCAGUGUGCCUACUUCAGUCAGGCUAGGCCCUGCGUUACAGAGCAUGCGCGCACUCACAGGCUGUGUCAAAGACCUGGUCAUUAUGGGAAAAUUGGUUGGUUUUGAGUCAGCAAGCUCCUUCAGUAAUGCGACUAUCGGGAAAUGUGGUACUCUAACACCACUCCCACCAGAAGAUAUUACCCAGGAGUCCACUGAUCCUCCCGCCAUGCAUGAUUCUCCCGCUAUGCCAGGUGAGGUUGAAAACGUAACAGAGCCGAGUCCAGCUACCACCCCUUCACCGAUGGGCUGUGCUGUAACUAAGGAACCAUCUAUCAUUGCCAAUGCUGUAAGAUUUGGCUUAUCAAUGGAUAGUCACAUCCAGCUGGCCAUUGACCCACUACAAUUCGGCAAAGUAUUUUCGGUGAAAGUUGAACUACGCACUUCCUCACAGGAGGGGUUGAUCUUUUACUUGGGAUCGGAGAAUAACCCUAAUAUCUACUGUGCUAUGUAUCUCAAGAUGGGCUAUGUAUUCUUCUCGUUUGAUAAUGGACAGAGGAAUGGAAACAGAAAUGUCUUGUCUCAAUAUGUAAUUGAUGAUGAGCAGUGGCAUGCGGUCGAGGUUAUGAAGAAUCGUAAGACGAUUUCUCUUACCCUGGAUACCUUUGAACCACAGAAAGACAGAUUCCCAAAGAGAGUCAAUGUGGUUGAUUUUGACUCACCCCUUUAUGUUGGUGGUCUUCCAUCUGCUUACUCCAGGACUAUCAAUGGAAUAAAAAUGCGAAGUUUUGAAGGCUGCAUUCGCAAGAUCGACUUGAACCAAAUCAAGCUUGAUCUAACCCAACCUCAGAUCAGUAACAUGGUUACGCCUUGUUUCAUGAGUACAGAACCAGGGGCAUACUUCCAAGGCACGGGGUAUGCCAUACUGGCUGAGCAGGUGGCAAUGGAUGUUGAUUUUGUUUUGAGCUUCAAGUUCCGAACAACGCAACAGUUUGCAGUGCUUCUGUCCGUUCAAGAUGAUAAAGAUGGCGGUCUGGCCUUAGAAAUCAUCAACAGAGAACUUGUCCUACGAGCUGAUAACAACCUCAACGGUCCUCGCCGUAUUACCUUCAGUGGAGCUGAUAAUGACAUCCACCUGUGUGAUAAUCAGUUCCAUACUGUGCACAUCAUCCAACAGACCAACGAACUUAAUCUUUUUGUUGAUGAUGACAACUUUGAAUACAGCGGUGAUGGUGGGAUUACUGCUGAGACGUAUGGUACAAUUUCAGUGGGAGGUUUCCCAGAACCAAUGUGGCAGCAUCCAGGAACUAUUCGAACAGCCUUUAAGGGCUGCAUUCAAAGCUUCCGUAUCAACUUGGGCAUACCUUACACCUUUUUGUCCUCCUUGGAGUUAGUUGACAUUAUUGCAGACCAGUGCCCAGUCACCUAGUCUGCUUGGAAAGUUAAUUUGAUUCUUUCUUAGUAGCUGAGAUGUGAGGUGAUUUUUAGAAAUCUUCCCUGUAAUUGAAACAUCUGGCAGCAGAAGUUUCUGUGGUGCUUCAUCUGAAAUAUUAUUGGUCAGCUUUCAAUCAGUUUGGCCUAUUAAAUGAUUUGUGUUUGUACAAGAGAUUUGUAAUGUCCACUUUUAGAUUAUUUAACAAAUAUUAAUGCUUAAGAGGCAGCCUGUGAUUGGACAAUUUGAAUGUUGACCUUUAAAGUCUAUAACUUGACAGUUGGUUCAAUUUGACAGUUGUCCAAGUUGAUCAUCUGAGAUAUUUUGCAAUGUAACAAGAUUUAUAUUUGCUUUCAUGAUAAGACAGUUAUACAGUCAGAAAUAUUUGAAUUAAACAAAAUAUUUCUCUUGCUUUGGGUCAUAAGCUGAGCCAGGUUUUGAUAUCUAUGAAUGGCCUAGCUGUCAACUUUUUACCAAAAUAUGACUGUGACAACAGUGCCUUCAGGCAAACGCUGCAAUUUUAUUUGUAAAAUGCAUAAGACUGUCAGAAAACUUCAUAUAUGUCAAGUCAUUGUGAUUCUUUAAGCAAUUAUUUGUAAUUAAAUGGUAUAAAAGAUAUUUUAUGCAGUUUUAAUCAAAUCAUGUGCAUAACAUUUUAUGUGUGUAGUUUGUACCUACUUGUAUGUUUGUAAGAGUAUAUAAAUUAUGAUGUAGAACAACUAUUUAAAAGAGAUUAUCAACUGGUAGGCUGAGUAGAGUUGUAGAAUUUUCAAAACAAAACUAUUUAUUGAGAGACUUAAUCAACUGUACCAAUUAGUUCUCAGCAUUAUGUCUUAUGUGGUUAUGGGCUGCGUAUUAUGCUUCCCAUAGAUAGAGAACAUUAGAAAUGUUGGAUCAGGUGUCUGGUUCAGACCUCUAUAAUUAUGAAAAGUUAGAAUGACACUGAAGCGACUGGGAACAGUCUACCCCCUUUGCCCCUGUUGUGGUGCACAGUCGAAAGAGUGCUGUUAAUAUAAGAUUUUGCUUAUAACACGGAAAAUCUUGGGUCCCAAUCCUUAGUUUUUCUGUUUUCUUUUCAUUCCCGAUAAUACAAGGUUUCUGUUAUAACAAGGUAAUUUGCAAGUUUAAAGAACCUCGUAUUAACGAGGUUCGAUUGUACACACAUUAAAAUAAACCAAAGCAGCAUUAAAACAGUAUGUAAGUCAAUGGUGCUGGCCCAAAAUGACGUGAUUAGCUCUGUCAUUAGGUCAUCUGUUUUAAUGUUGUAUCUUCUAUUUUAUAUCAACAUCUUAGAAUUUGUACCAAGGAUUCAAUUUAUUUUGGUAUUUCAUUAAAGGAAAUUUAGUUUAACUACAAAUUAUUUUUAUUGUACUGUCCGACAUGAUGGGUCUUUGAUGGAAAGUCACCAUUAUAUUGUGAUUGACAUUAUACAUUGUGUUCAUUUCACCUUGAAAGGUUAAAUACUUGUCAUUGAAAGCUAUUAAAAUGUGUAAUCAAUUUUGAUAUAUUUGUGAAAAGUUUUAUUGGCAAUGUAUCUGAAUGAAGAUGCAAAGUAAACUCCUUGCAAAUUUAAA